AUUCCGGAGCAGGCUGCUUUGACUCCGACCACAGGCUGUUUUGUGCAGGCUGUCCCUCUCCUUCAGAACCGUGCAUCCCCUCCCCGAAGCAGCAGGCAGUGUGCCUCCAUUCAGCCACAUUUGGUAUGCAUGAGCACGGCUGCAGAGAGAGGGGAGGUGGCUUUCUUAAGAAGGUUCAGGGGCUCAGGCAAGGCUACUUGACUAGUCUUCCAAGUUCCAGGAAGCCUCUGCCCUAAUGGAAUUUGCAGGUGUGGAGAUGACCAUGGGAUGCCAGAGCCGUGGGGGACCGUUUAUUUUCUAGGCAUUGCUCAGGUUUUCAGUUUCUUGUUUUCCUGGUGGAAUUUGGAAGGGGUCAUGAAUCAGGCUGAUGCUCCUCGACCCCUAAACUGGACCAUCCGGAAGCUGUGCCACGCAGCCUUUCUUCCAUCUGUCAGACUUCUGAAGGCUCAGAAAUCCUGGAUAGAAAGAGCAUUUUAUAAAAGAGAAUGUGUCCACAUCAUACCCAGCACCAAAGACCCCCAUAGGUGUUGCUGUGGGCGUCUGAUAGGCCAACAUGUUGGCCUCACCCCCAGUAUCUCUGUGCUUCAGAAUGAGAAAAAUGAAAGUCGCCUGUCCCGAAAUGACAUCCAGUCUGAAAAGUGGUCCAUCAGCAAACACACUCAACUCAGCCCUACCGAUGCUUUUGGGACCAUUGAGUUCCAAGGAGGCGGCCAUUCCAACAAAGCCAUGUAUGUGCGAGUAUCUUUUGAUACAAAACCUGAUCUCCUCUUACACCUGAUGACCAAGGAAUGGCAGUUGGAGCUUCCCAAGCUUCUCAUCUCUGUCCAUGGGGGCCUGCAGAACUUUGAACUCCAGCCAAAACUAAAGCAAGUCUUUGGGAAAGGGCUCAUAAAAGCAGCUAUGACAACUGGAGCGUGGAUAUUCACUGGAGGGGUUAACACAGGUGUUAUUCGUCAUGUUGGAGACGCCUUGAAGGAUCAUGCAUCUAAGUCUCGAGGAAAGAUAUGCACCAUAGGUAUUGCCCCCUGGGGAAUUGUGGAAAACCAGGAGGACCUCAUUGGAAGAGAUGUUGUCCGGCCAUAUCAGACCAUGUCCAAUCCCAUGAGCAAGCUCACUGUUCUCAACAGCAUGCAUUCCCACUUCAUUCUGGCUGACAACGGGACCACUGGAAAAUAUGGAGCAGAGGUGAAACUUCGGAGACAACUGGAAAAGCAUAUUUCACUCCAGAAGAUAAACACAAGAUGCCUGCCGUUUUUCUCUCUUGACUCCCGCUUGUUUUAUUCAUUUUGGGGUAGUUGCCAAUUAGACUCAGUUGGAAUCGGUCAAGGUGUUCCCGUGGUGGCGCUCAUAGUGGAAGGGGGACCCAACGUGAUCUCGAUUGUUUUGGAGUACCUUCGAGACACUCCUCCCGUGCCGGUGGUUGUCUGUGAUGGCAGUGGACGGGCAUCGGACAUCCUGGCCUUUGGGCAUAAAUACUCAGAAGAAGGCGGACUGAUAAAUGAAUCUUUGAGGGACCAGCUGUUGGUGACUAUACAGAAGACUUUCACAUACACUCGAACCCAAGCUCAGCAUCUGUUCAUCAUCCUUAUGGAGUGCAUGAAGAAGAAGGAAUUGAUUACGGUAUUUCGGAUGGGAUCAGAAGGACACCAGGACAUUGAUUUAGCUAUCCUGACAGCUUUACUCAAAGGAGCCAAUGCCUCGGCCCCAGACCAACUGAGCUUAGCUUUAGCCUGGAACAGAGUUGACAUCGCUCGCAGCCAGAUCUUUAUUUACGGGCAACAGUGGCCGGUGGGAUCUCUGGAGCAAGCCAUGUUGGAUGCCUUAGUUCUGGACAGAGUGGAUUUUGUGAAAUUACUCAUAGAGAAUGGAGUAAGCAUGCACCGUUUUCUCACCAUCUCCAGACUAGAGGAAUUGUACAAUACGAGACAUGGGCCCUCAAAUACAUUGUACCACUUGGUCAGGGAUGUCAAAAAGCGAGAGUAUCCAGGUUUCGGUUGGAUCUAUUUUAAGGGGAACCUGCCCCCAGACUACAGAAUCAGCCUGAUUGACAUCGGCCUGGUGAUCGAAUACCUGAUGGGCGGGGCUUAUCGCUGCAACUACACGCGCAAGCGCUUCCGGACUCUCUACCACAACCUCUUCGGCCCCAAGAGGCCCAAAGCCUUGAAACUGCUGGGAAUGGAGGAUGAUAUUCCCUUGAGGCGAGGAAGAAAGACAACCAAGAAACGUGAAGAAGAGGUAGACAUUGACUUGGAUGAUCCUGAGAUCAACCACUUCCCCUUCCCUUUCCACGAGCUCAUGGUGUGGGCUGUCCUCAUGAAGCGGCAGAAGAUGGCCCUGUUCUUCUGGCAGCAUGGUGAGGAGGCCAUGGCCAAGGCCCUGGUGGCCUGUAAGCUCUGCAAAGCCAUGGCUCAUGAGGCCUCUGAGAACGACAUGGUUGAUGACAUUUCCCAGGAGCUGAAUCACAAUUCCAGAGACUUCGGCCAGCUGGCUGUGGAGCUCUUGGACCAGUCCUACAAGCAGGAUGAACAGCUGGCCAUGAAACUGCUGACGUAUGAGCUGAAGAACUGGAGCAACGCCACGUGCCUGCAGCUUGCAGUGGCUGCCAAACACCGCGACUUCAUCGCGCACACGUGCAGCCAGAUGCUGCUCACCGACAUGUGGAUGGGCCGGCUCCGCAUGCGCAAGAACUCAGGCCUCAAGGUAAUUCUGGGAAUUCUACUUCCUCCUUCAAUUCUCAGCUUGGAGUUCAAGAACAAAGACGACAUGCCCUAUAUGUCUCAGGCCCAGGAAAUCCACCUCCAAGAGAAGGAGGCAGAAGAACCAGAGAAGCCCACGAAAGAAAAAGAUGAAGAGGACAUGGAGCUUACAGCAAUGUUGGGACGAAACAACGGGGAGUCCUCCAGGAAGAAGGAUGAAGAGGAAGUUCAGAGCAGGCAUCGGUUAAUCCCCCUCGGCAGAAAAAUCUAUGAAUUCUACAAUGCACCCAUCGUGAAGUUCUGGUUCUACACACUGGCAUAUAUCGGAUACCUGAUGCUCUUCAACUAUAUCGUGUUAGUGAAGAUGGAACGCUGGCCGUCCACCCAGGAAUGGAUCGUCAUCUCCUAUAUUUUCACCCUGGGAAUAGAAAAGAUGAGAGAGAUUCUGAUGUCAGAGCCAGGGAAGUUGCUACAGAAAGUGAAGGUGUGGCUGCAGGAGUACUGGAAUGUCACGGACCUCAUUGCCAUCCUUCUGUUCUCUGUCGGAAUGAUCCUUCGUCUCCAAGACCAGCCCUUCAGGAGCGACGGGAGGGUCAUCUACUGCGUGAACAUCAUUUACUGGUACAUCCGUCUCCUAGACAUCUUCGGCGUGAACAAGUAUUUGGGCCCAUAUGUAAUGAUGAUUGGAAAAAUGAUGAUAGACAUGAUGUACUUUGUCAUCAUCAUGCUGGUGGUGCUGAUGAGCUUUGGAGUUGCCAGGCAAGCCAUCCUUUUUCCCAAUGAGGAGCCAUCAUGGAAACUGGCCAAGAACAUCUUCUACAUGCCCUAUUGGAUGAUUUAUGGGGAAGUGUUUGCGGACCAGAUAGACCCUCCCUGUGGACAGAAUGAGACCCGAGAGGAUGGUAAAAUAAUCCAGCUGCCUCCCUGCAAGACAGGAGCUUGGAUCGUGCCGGCCAUCAUGGCCUGCUACCUCUUAGUGGCAAACAUCUUGCUGGUCAACCUCCUCAUUGCUGUCUUUAACAACACAUUUUUUGAAGUAAAAUCGAUAUCCAACCAAGUGUGGAAGUUUCAGAGGUAUCAGCUCAUCAUGACUUUCCAUGAAAGACCGGUUCUGCCCCCACCCCUGAUCAUCUUCAGCCACAUGACCAUGAUAUUCCAGCACCUGUGCUGCCGAUGGAGGAAACACGAGAGCGACCCGGAUGAAAGGGACUACGGCCUGAAACUUUUCAUAACCGAUGAUGAGCUCAAGAAAGUACAUGACUUUGAAGAGCAGUGCAUAGAAGAAUACUUCAGAGAAAAGGAUGAUCGGUUCAACUCGUCUAAUGAUGAGAGGAUACGGGUGACUUCAGAAAGGGUGGAGAACAUGUCCAUGCGGCUGGAGGAAGUCAACGAGAGAGAGCACUCCAUGAAGGCUUCGCUCCAGACUGUGGACAUCCGGCUGGCACAGCUGGAAGACCUAAUCGGGCGCAUGGCCACGGCCCUGGAGCGCCUGACAGGUCUGGAGAGGGCUGAGUCCAACAAAAUCCGCUCGAGGACCUCCUCAGACUGCACGGACGCAGCCUACAUUGUCCGCCAGAGCAGCUUCAACAGCCAGGAAGGGAACACCUUCAAGCUCCAAGAGAGUAUAGACCCUGCAGGUGAGGAGACCAUGUCCCCAACUUCUCCAACCUUAAUGCCCCGUAUGCGAAGCCAUUCUUUCUAUUCAGUCAAUAUGAAAGACAAAGGUGGUAUAGAAAAGUUGGAAAGUAUUUUUAAAGAAAGGUCCCUGAGCCUACACCGGGCUACUAGUUCCCACUCUGUAGCAAAAGAACCCAAAGCUCCUGCAGCCCCUGCCAACACCUUGGCCAUUGUUCCUGAUUCCAGAAGACCAUCAUCGUGUAUAGACAUCUAUGUCUCUGCUAUGGAUGAGCUCCACUGUGAUAUAGACCCUCUGGACAAUUCCAUGAACAUCCUUGGGCUGGGCGAGCCAAGCUUUUCAACUGCAGUACCUUCCACAGCCCAUUCAAGUAGUGCCUAUGCAACCCUUGCACCCACAGACAAACCUCCAAGCCGGAGCAUUGAUUUCGAGGACAUCACCUCCAUGGACACUAGAUCUUUUUCUUCAGACUAUACCCACCUUCCAGAAUGCCAAAACCCCUGGGACUCAGACCCUCCAAUGUACCACACCAUUGAGCGUUCCAAAAGCAGCCGCUACCUAGCCACCACACCCUUUCUUCUGGAAGAGGCUCCCAUCGUGAAAUCUCAUAGCUUUAUGUUUUCCCCCUCAAGGAGCUAUUAUGCCAACUUUGGGGUGCCUGUGAAAACAGCAGAAUACACAAGUAUUACAGACUGUAUUGACACAAGGUGUGUCAAUGCCCCUCAAGCAAUUGCGGACAGAGCUGCCUUCCCUGGAGGUCUUGGAGACAAAGUGGAGGAUUUAUCUUGCUGCCAUCCUGAGCGAGAAGCAGAACUGAGUCACCCCAGCUCUGACAGUGAGGAGAAUGAGGCCAAAGGCCGCAGAGCCACCAUUGCAAUAUCCUCCCAGGAGGGUGAUAACUCAGACAGAACCCUGUCCAACAACAUCACUGUUCCCAAGAUAGAGCGCGCCAACAGCUACUCGGCAGAGGAGCCAAGCGCGCCAUAUGCACACACCAGGAAGAGCUUCUCCAUCAGUGACAAACUCGACAGGCAGCGGAACACAGCAAGCCUGCGAAAUCCCUUCCAGAGAAGCAAGUCCUCCAAGCCAGAGGGCCGAGGGGACAGCCUGUCCAUGAGGAGACUGUCCAGAACAUCGGCGUUCCAAAGCUUUGAAAGCAAGCACAACUAGACCUUCUUAAUAUCCAUCACAGGAGGCUCAAGAAUCCAGCCCUAACAUUCUCUCCAACUCCACCUUUUCCCCCUUCCUUGAAUCAUACCUGCUUUAUUCUUAGCUGAGCAAAACAAGCAAUGCUUUGGGAGGUGUUAACUCAAAGGUGACUUCUGGGCCACAGAUCAAGAAAGCAUUUGAUCUGACCCAGUGCCAGACACAGGGGAUUUAAGGCAUGUUCACACUUGCUGGGCAGGGAGGGGGAAGAGAGGGAAAAGGAAGGGUUAGAGAUGAAUGUAUCCGCAGUCACGGCAGAAAGCCAUGAGAGCAGGGGAAACAAGGGGCUUCGAGCACGCUCCAUGCCAGGAGGCAUCUGUUGAUUUCUGACCAUUAUCAAGAGUUGUAGGAUGCAGGGCUAAAUUGCGAAAUAAAAUAAAAUAGCCAGUGUACACAAUGAGAUAUUCUAAACUUCCAUUCUGUUUUCUUUUCACAUUGGCUCCAUCACUGGUGACUGAUGAAGAGCAUCCUCUUUAUUCAGUAUAAGCCGGCAGCAAGCAGUUCUACCUAACGUCCCACAUCCUUCUCAUGCCAACACUUCUGUAAUUGAUCAUUAUAAAGAAAAAACAAGGUAACAGUCAUAGUUCACCUGUCUCUUAUCUAUUCACUUCUGGUGCCACAACUGUUUAUCCUUUUUUGAAGAAAAUAAGGGAACAGAAAUGCCUUUUUGUAUUGCAGUCGAAAUGAAAGAAGAGUUGAUGUUUAAAAAAAAACAAAAGUCAAGUGAUUUAUUAUAUACAGUGGGCGUUCAAGUCUAGUCGAGCAAGCUCAGGAUGAAUGUAAUUAAAUAAUUUUAUAUUUUUUAAUUUAUUUUGUAUCUCACCUGUCAUCAAUGAAUUCAUUCAAUGAAUAUGUAAUAUUGAACUUAAAAAAAAAACAGUGGACAGAACUAGCCUGAAAUUGCCAUGUGGGAUGUUCUGUUCUCACCGUUCAUGUCGUGUGUUGUGCUGCUGUGUGACCGUCAUCAUUUGCAUGGUUCCACCACAUCCUCCUGAACACCUCCAAGACAUAACUGCCAAUUUUUCACACCACUCAUCACAUGACCAUUUUGUAUAUGAAUAUAUGGUUAUAUGUGGAUAUUUUCAUACCUAGAGUUUUGCCAUCUAAUCUGAGCUCAGCAUAAAUUUAAUUGGAGUUUUUCAAGGGCUGGUAUCUUUUCUAUGGAAAUGUUCCAAAGUACUUUUUAAGGGAGUUUCAAAACUAUAAAUAACCUUAGAUUUGACUGGGAGUUUGGUAUCAACCCAAAGCCAUCAGUUGCAAGCAUACCAUGAAUAUUUUUCUUAUAGACAGAGCUAUAAAAAAAGAUACAGUAGACCAAAAUAGAAAGCAAAUAAACCAUAUAAAGAGUUCUAUAGUAUAUGCCACUUAUACACAUGUAUAUGCAUUUACGCAGAGACACAUAUUUAUAUAUGAAAUAAAUAGACAUAAAGAGCUUUCUUAAGAGGCUUGGACUUUUCUAUCACCUUGAACUGUAAUCAAAAGAUUUUCUUAAUAUAUGAGAAGUUCCAUUGAAAGAGUUCAGUAUGCUAUUAGACCAAAUGUUGAAAUUAUGAUUUUUAAAAAAUUCCUAUGACUUUUUCUCAUAUCAAACUAGAGUUGUCAAAAUGACUCACUGCUUGCCUUCUGCCCUUUUUUGUCUGAAAUCACUCACUAUCGGGACAUCUUAUUUAUUCUGGCUUUUCCUAAACAAAGUUUUUACGCCAAGUACAAUCUGAAUAGACAUGCAACUUUAAACCAGCUAGUGUUACAGACUCUAAAGUAAAGGCAUAAUCUUCUAGAUCAGAAUCUGGAUUGGAGGUGGGAUAAAGAAAUCUUGACCCCAAAUCUUUGGAUUCCUAUUUGGCUCAUUAAUGUUUAAAAAAGAAUAAAGCCUUUAAGGAAAACAACCUAUUGUUCCUGGCCUGAGGUACUACCUGGUUCUUUUGUUUAAUUAUAAUUGAAAACACCAAGUUUGACUUCAUCUUGUGAAAUCAUGUAAAUACAUGGCCUUUAAAUGUAAGAUAAAAAAACUAAAAACUCUUCUGAAUAAGCAAUUCAGGUAUAAGACGCGUGAUGAGGUCACAUAUAUAAAGAAUUAAUUCCUUUUUCACUCCUUGGCAUUUAGGUGAAUUGGUAACAAACACCCAGACUCCCUUAUUUACAGCUGUUCUAGAAACACUUAACAUUUUAUUGGGCCCCACACUGGCUAUUUCCCUCUCAGCAAACAUGUAGUGGGUCUGAAAAUAAAUCAGUUGUUCUUAAACUUCCUUGAGUCAUGAAUCCCUAUGAGGAUCUGAUGAUAACUCUAGGCCCUCUCUCCAGAGAGAAAAAAAUGUACAUACAUGCAAAGUUGCAGUAUAACUUGAAAGGGUUCAUGAGCCCCUGGUUCCAUAUUGAUUGAUAACGAGGAAAAGGAACCAUGUUUGUUCAUAGUUAAUACAGUUGUAAUAGGCACUUUACAUUUGAGACCAUCUCUCUGUGAUUCUCAGGAAGGCCAAAUCUCAGCACCAGAGUUUGAACCAAGAUUUUUUUACUUUUGUUAUUUAAAUUAGAUGUUGCCAAUUUAAUGCACUUACAUCCUAACGUGUUGAUGAUUUUAAGUAUCAAGCACAAUCACAAUGCUGAAGGCUCCCUGAAGGGUCUAUAGAGGAACCCAAGAAGGAGACGAAAACAUUAUUCAUUGAUAUCAAACACCUCCACGGCCUCAUUCUGGGCCAGAUUGGAAGUGAGGGAAAGAAAUUUUGAGUGCAAGUGUUUCCAUUCAUUGUGAUUUCAGAGAGAAAAAUAUAGGAACUGGGAAACUAAAUACUCAACGGUCCUGAUCUUGCAAUUACCUGAUUGUUUUGUUGUGCAUGAAAAUUAAGUUCUAACAUCUGUGAAACGUGUGAAAUAUAUAAGCCAAACUUAAAUGACUGUAGACACAAACUGUGUAACUUCCAUGAGCCAUUUCCUUCCUGUGCACAUAUAUGUGUGUUAUUUUUCAGUCCAUUUCCUUCCAUUUCCGGGUUCUCUGUGCACCGAUGUGGCAUUGAUUCUGUGACCUUGUGCAGUCAGCUUAUGCUCAGCCCAUUGAUUCCACCACAUCCCUGAUGGAGGGGACGUUAAUUACCUGUCUUUGUGAAUUAAGCAGUUUAUGAGCAGCAAGUUACUGAGGACCGUAAAUAAAGUCAUAGAGAGCUCAAGGAAGUAAUAGCUUCGGUUUAAUCAUCUGCUUCAAAGGUGCCAAUUUUUAUAUACUACUAUAUGUAAUGAUUUGUUCUAAAUUGCUUGUUCCUUUUGAAAACAAAUUUAAGGAUAUUUUAUGAAAAUGACCAUGGAGGUCUCCUGCUUAACCAAUAUACUUUAUAUUUAUAGUUAGAGGACCCCUCCUUGAUCGAUUUGAAUGAGGAGCUGGAAAGCUUGGGUAUAAUUGUCAUGACUAGUUUGUGUUAUCUCUGCAAGCCAAAAGGUAUAUUAGCAGUCAUAAUACAGCACUUUACAGAACUGGACUUUUUUAAAUGUCUGAGUUUCCAGGUCUAGGAUAUUAUUUAGCACUUUGAAAGUUCCCCUUUUAAAAUAUAUAUAUAAGAAUAAUCAGAUGAGAAAAAUGUACUCAUAAAAACACAAAAUGUGUUUCUUCUGAAUGUUUCAAAUAUAUUCUAAAACAUGGUUUCUAUAGAUAAUAUUAUGGUAGAUAACUGGAUAGUACUUUUCUAUUUUACUUCCUGAGUCUGUACAGUCUAAUCUUCCUGAAUGUUUGGGCUGUUUAAUUUCUUUAAAGAUGAUAAAUAUUAUCCAGUCAUCCAUCAUGCUCUAUCUAUAGGCUAUACCAUUCAUAUGUUGGGCAAUGCUGUAUUAUAAAACACAUGUAAACAUGUAUGUAACCCAUGUUUAACCCAGCAUAGUUGUAGCAUGUGGUUGAAUUAAUGAACGUUACAGGACAGCUUUAUAAUCAUUUAUAAAUCUGUAACAUUCAAUAAAGAAGCACAUGUUGCAAUGAUUAAUUAGGUUCCCAAUUCCAUAUUAUUUAGCAUCUUUGUGAACCGGGCAUUUUUGUUCCUGAUCUGCUUGAUGCUUUUCAUGUUCCUGUAGACUACUGUAAAAUAUGUGUGUAAGCUGAUGUAUAUCCUCCAAUGAGUCCUGCGAGCUGUGGUAGGCAAGUUGUGAUUUCAUGAAAGAUGAACUGGCAUGUUAUGCAAAAGACUAUAUGACAAAUGAACUUAAAAUGAUAAUUUAAACUCCAGUUGAAUUAGCUGUUUGUUUACAUCUGCCAACCCCAUGCAGAAGCAGUGUACAGUAUUUUAUAAAUAUGUUCAUUUAGUAACACUAUGUUGUUCUAGAUAAAGUGAUGCUAGUGUGUAGGUGGUUAUAUAUUUGGCCUAGAUAUUGCAUUAUAACUCACUAUCCUUUAACAAUAACAAUGUGACUUAAAUGAAGUAAUCUCUCUCCAAACCCGGUCUUAAUUUUGUGUUGACAAAAUGCAUGUACUGCUUUAUGCAUUUCUUUUGACUUUUCUAAGGCACUUAACAUUUUACUAUUGCCUGCUGUGACGCUUAAGCCAGUUAGGAAUUCACUCAAACAGUUGGGCUUCUUACUAUGGGGAUUAUGUUCAGUUUUGAAAAAUUAAAAACAAAAAAAAAAAAAAUAACCAAGAGAUUUUUAAAUCCUUUUUUUUAAGCACUGAACAAAUAAUAUGAAAUAAAGUAUUAACUGCAGGUUGUAUAGCCAUGGGACCCAGAGAUGGCAAGCCAACACCUCUUGGGUCUGCCAAGAUCUAGGUGUUGUGCAUAUGUGAUAUAUGCAAGACACAUUUCUGAUUCUUCAGAGCUACUGGGUGUAAAUUGCUAAGCCAGAGAUGAGAGCGAAAAGUCCAUUUGUGAUAGUGCAGAAGUGUGCAGAUCGCUGUGAAUGUGUGAUCCAAUGAUAUGACAAGAGACCUCCCUCCUUGUCUGUGGCUUCUUCACCUUGGGGGUGAGCCUAGCCUGGGGGUGGGAGGCGUGUGUUUGGGUGUCUGAUCAAGCACUGGGUGAUUCUAAAGAGUUUACUCUUUUAGAAAAUCACUGUUACUAGAAGCCAUUCAACAUCUGGAAAAGAGAGGAGCCAAUUUGCACAGUUUUGUAACUGACUGCUCCUAAAAUGAAUAGAGAAAACUUUCCUCUCAGCCUGCUUUCUCUUUACAAGUUGGAUAUUCUGUCUCUCAGAUUGGAGUCAACCAAAAGAAAGGCUGGUUCCAAUUAAGGAAAAGCAACUUUUUUCUUUUCUUUAAUUCCUCUCAGAAGGUAGUUGUGCUAUCUUUUCUCUGAUGAUUUCCUUGCACACAUCACUGCUAAUGAAAGCAACAUGUGACUGUUUCCACAGGUCAUCUAAGAGAGGAUUUUGGUGACCAGGUAAUCCAGAUGGCAAUAAGAGUGAGGUGAAUUUUCCCUUCCUUACCUUACCUAGUCUACUGGCCUCCUUAAACCUGCAGGCCCUUGUGCAUUUGCACAAUGUUUGUGUGCUGGAAACUGAAAAGACAUGUGUAUGGCUAGAAGUCCAUAGGCUUUGUAAAGAGUGUCAGUGCCAAUCAGGACCCAUGCCUUCCUCUGGAAGAGGCAGGUGGCUGAGGCCUGUGGGGCAAAGGGGGAAAUUCAGCCUCAUGCCUGGAUGUGUGACUUUCUUUCUGCCCUCUACUUGCUUCUCUUCUCUUAGUCCAAGACUAGCUGCUUUUUCACCAGACCAACAGACCUUGCCCCAUUACCUUUAUACCUUGUUGACUCUGGCACAGUAAGCUGAAACAGCAGCCACUUGGAAAAAGCCAAACAUUUAGACUUUGUCCCAGUCCUGAUCUUCCCAUCAACUUAGCCUCUUCCUGCCUCUAUCCUGACUGGUGUUCACAUUGACCUCAUCCAAUUUUUGCCUCUCUAAAUCUCAAGAGCCCUACAACAUCUUCACCGCAGCUUCCCACACAUCAUUAAAACCAGCCAUCUGCACAUAGAUUGAGAGGCUGCAAAUUCAAAGAUGUGUAGGGGCCAGAUCAAGAACACACAAAUGUGUGAAUUGGACUGGUGAAAGUCAACAGAAGAAGUAGGGUUUGUGAGUAAGGCAUGAGAGAAUACACAUCCCACCACAAAGACAUUCAAAUUCAGCUUUCCAAACACUGUGCUAGCCAAACAAACAUGUCUGCCAGCAGCAUUCAGUCCCAAAGGCAAUAGUUUGGAACCUCUGAUUUAGAGCCAACAGGAUCAGAUUCUUGAUUGUGACUUGGUGAAUGUACACACAAAAUACACUGAGAACUGAGGUCAGGGGGAAAGAAACUCACCUUAUUCAGAGUUACUCUUGUUCUGAAUGAUAUAUGCAUGUAUAUUUGUUAGCCACAUAAUUCUAAACUUGAACACAGAAACUUUGAGAGAGAGAUUCAGAAGAAGAGUACCAUAGCAUGGUAUGAAGACUUACCUGCUUCCUGUCACUACUGCGUCUGACCUGAGUUUAUAUUGCUGCUACCGCUAUGUAAAAACAGUACGUGCGGUAUACUGUACUCAUAGCCAUUUCAUAACAUAGGACCUAGACUCUCAUUUGUAAAUGUUCUAACCCUAGUUUAUAAUGGGGGAAAUUAUUCAGAUAUCAUUUUUAAAUGAAUUCCUACAAAUACAAUCGUUUUGAAAUUGGGUUUGGUAAAUAUAUAUACAUCUUUUCCUUGUGUAUGGAUAGACCAUGGUUUGCAUAUCUAUUGACACUAUAAAUAUAUAUAAAUCCUUAGCAGAAUUGUUCUUUUUAAAGGUCUAUUAUUGGAUUCACAAUGCACUUUGAGCUUGAUUGUUUAGAUAUAUAAUUCAGAGCAGAAGUUGGCAGAUACCACAGGAAAAACUUUCUGAAAUUUCUGUAACAAAUGUUUUGCAAUAAAAAAAAAAAAAAAAAAAACUCAGUAGUUUAAAACA